AUGCGUACAGACAGCCCGCAGGGUCCGUUGAUAGGUAUUAUAAGUGUCUCCCUGUCUCCUUUGGGGCCCGUGCAGCCUGUUGCUGCUGAUGCUCCUUGUCUCGACGAAGAAGAAGAAGGAGACACAGCAGCAGCAGCAGCAGCAGCAGCAACAGCAGCAGCAGCAGCAGCAGCAACUCCUCCACUCGUUCGCCUUGGAUUCAACCCAGACACAGACGGUGGCGCUUCUAUGAUAAAACGUCCAGAGCCUGCUGCUGCUGCUGCUGCAGCAGCAGCAGCAGCAGCACCUGCUGCUGCUGCUUCUCCCUCUCCCAUACCCCGCCGUCUCUCCACCCCCUCAUCAACACCAACACCACCACCAGCAGCAGCAGCACCAGCAGCACCGCCACCAGCAGCAGGAGCAGCAGCAGGAGCAGCAGCAGGAGCAGCAGCAGGAGGAGACAGCAGCCUGCUGCCUGCGUUGGAGACAGCAGCAUGGGUGGAUGCUGAUUUUUCUAUGUCUGGUGUGCUGCAGCUGGCUGGGGGAGGAGACAGUUUUGUGUCUCUGAUUCGUCGUGUUGCUGCUGAGCCUGAGGUGUCUCUUCACUUCGUUGAUAGCCGUUUAGAGAUAGAGUUAGAGUUUGUGUUAGGUUUUUUAUCGAUAAAAAAUAUAAAUAUAAAUACAGAGAUACCUUUACUAGCAGCAGCAGCAGCAGCAGCAGCAGCAGCAGCAGCAGCAGCAGCAGCAGCAGAGGGGAAAUAG